GCACACCUAAGUGAAAGGCCCCAAUAUUUGCAGUCGCGUCGAAAACGCGUUAUGUUGCGGACGACGUACGAACUUAAACAGCUUUAAAAAUCGUUUAACAACAACCUAGAAUAAAUAACAACAAUAAAUAUAUAACAAUGUUGAAGUGCUGUGUGUGUUUGUUUGUCGUUCUGUCUGGAUUAUCGGCGCUAGCGCAAACUUCUGGAGGACCUAGACAUGGCAAGGCCGUGGUCUGUUACGUGGCGACCUGGGCGGCAUACAGAAAGGGCGCCGGGCAGUUUGAGAUCAAAAACCUCAACCCUACGCUUUGUACUCACCUGGUAUACUCCUUCGCUGGCCUGGACCCCAACCUUAACAGUAUCAAAAGUUUAGACGUUUGGAUGGACUUCCAGAGGAACACGGGCGCAGUCAACGAUAUAAUAGCUCUUAAAGAUCGAUAUCCACACCUUAAGGUGACCAUAGCCAUCGGCGGCUGGAACGAGGGCUCCCCGAAGUACUCCAACAUGGCCGCCUCUAGAGAGACCAGGAAACAGUUCAUUGACAGUGUUCUAGCUUUCUUGAACAAACACAAAUUCGACGGCCUGGACCUCGACUGGGAAUACCCCGCGAAGAGAGGAGGCGCUGAUAAAGAUAGAGAGAACUAUGUGCUACUUGUUAAGGAGCUCAAAGAAGCCUUCAUGGAGAAGGGCUACAUAUUAACAGCUGCUUUCGGCGCCGGUAAGAGCACCAUGGACGUCUCCUACGACCUGCCUCAGCUGAGCCAUCACCUGGACCUGAUACACAUUAUGUGUUAUGAUUAUCACGGCACCUGGGACGGCACUGUUGGUGCCAACGCUCCGCUGAGAGGAGUGACGGAUGAUGAUGAGUUGAAUGUGGAAUACACAAUCAAGUACAUGCUGGACCACGGCGUGAAGCCCCAUAAAAUGGUGCUCGGGCUGCCGAUUUAUGGACGUACGUUUGUGCUGAAGAACCCUAAUAUCACGUAUAUCGAGUUCGGCAGAACGAAGGUGGAAAGUGCUGGGUUUAAUGGACCAUAUACUGGAGAGAAUGGCUUCAUGGGAUACAACGAAAUCUGCAUGGAACUGAAAAACAACGGAUCAUCCUGGCAGAGACUCUGGCAUGAGCAGACCUCAACACCAUAUCUCAGAAACGGGGAAAAGGUGUUGUCUUAUGAUAAUGGGAGGUCCAUUGCCGCUAAAGUAAAAAUGGCCGUAGACUACAACCUCGGCGGGUUCAUGGUGUGGAGCAUAGACACAGAUGACUUCAAAGGCAACUGUGACGGCGAGCUCGACGCCUACCAAGACUUCUACGACCGGUACAAGGCUCUCAGUCACGACCCGGUACUCAACGAGGCUUUGAAGACCUUAAAUUUACGAGACAAUGGCCUCCUUAGCCACACGGCUUACACCAUUGCCGACGGCAAACUCCACCUCAGAAUUCCAGGGCCAAUGCUCUCAAACUACCCACUGAUGCAGUCCAUCAACCAGGCGGCCAUCCUCGCGAUGGAAGAGAAGAAAAUCAUUGAUGAGAUGGAAAAGAUAGCGAGAGGAAACGAGAUAGCGCAUAAAGAUGAACCAGACUCGGCUAAUACGGUCAAUGCUGGUUUGUUAGCAGGAGUUUUGGUGUUGUGUUGUGUAGUAUUUUAGGAUUUAACGUUGGUUAUCGGAGAAUAAUACUCAUUUUUAUAAAAAGACUUUCUAAUAUAUAAACAAUCAACAACAGCCAUUUAAACGUUCACACUGCUGGGGCACUGGCCUUCCUUACGGAUGGAUAAGGAGUUUGGGCCAUGAUGGAUUGGCGGGUUUUAACGCCUGCAGAUACAACCGGGACCAACGACUUUACGUGCCUUCUGAAUCAUGGAACUCAAUCAAGAACUCAAGAUAAUUUUGAUCACCCAUCCAACGACCGACCAUUGUAAGGAUAUCUUAACCGUUACUGUCACAGGUCAACCGCGCUAACCACAGUGCCGGCUCCUUCGUAAGCUUAAUAUAUAUAAGAAAUAUUAAUUCCGUUAACUAUUAACAAUUAUUUUCUACCUUUAUCUGAAUGAGUUUUAAAUUAAACGGGAGUUGAGACUUCUAAAUUUGGAAGUGUAAUCAAAUAUCCUAAUUUUCUAACUAAUAUUAUAAAUGCGAAAGUAAGUUUUUUUGUUAACUCUUCAAGCUUUAAUUACUCCACCAAUCUUCUCAACUCAAUCGUACAUAGUAUAAUUAACAGAACAGAGAAAGAUAAGAAUUAUAAAAGAACAUAAUAUAGUAACUUUCAUCCCGAUAAAAGUACUUUUCCCGUUGGAAAUUGACGUAACGCGGGUGAAGCCGUGGGCAAAAGCUUGAUCAGUUUUAUAACCUAGUCGUCGAGUUCCUUGAUGUGUGUUGCUAAACCUGGAUUAAUAGAAACUGACAAUUUAAUUUGAUAGUGUUAUAAUUAUUGUAUGUGUUAGAUUUGGUGAUAUUUUACCUGCCGCUAUAAAAAUAUUCUUAAGAGAAUUGUGAACAACAUGUUAACAUCUAAGUUUUAAGCAUUUACUUAUUGUUAUCAAGAGUUAAAAAGUUAAAAAAUCAAUACAUAUAAUAAAAUUGAAGAAAGGCCAAAUUUGUACAUUGGAUAUUUUUUUUAUCAAUACAUAUAAUAAAAUUGAAGAAAGUCGAAUUUGUA